CUGCGGGCAAUUCGCGUUGUUGUAUGCACAGAAACGUUUGUGAACUCGCGCAUCCUCGUUUUGGUCUCUUUUAGGUGUUUUUUGGUUUAGUUUGUUCGGUUAGAGGAUAUCGCAAAAUCAUGAAAGAGAGAAGAAACGCACAGCCACUGGUGGUCAGAUGUAAACUGGUGCUGGUUGGGGAUGUUCAAUGCGGGAAAACUGCGAUGUUACAGGUUUUGGCAAAGGAUUGUUAUCCAGAGACGUAUGUGCCCACAGUAUUUGAGAACUACACAGCCUGUCUGGAGCUCGAUGGCCAGCGUGUUGAAUUGAGUUUAUGGGACACAUCAGGAUCUCCAUACUAUGAUAAUGUGAGACCCCUCUGCUACAGUGACUCGGAUGCAGUGCUCCUUUGUUUUGACAUCAGUCGCCCAGAUAUCUUUGACAGUGGACUUAAGAAGUGGAGGGCUGAGAUCCUCGACUUUUGCCCCAGUACUCAUAUUCUCCUUGUUGGUUGCAAGACAGACCUUCGGACGGAUGUCUGCACGCUGAUGGAGCUGUCCAAUCAGAAACAAACACCCAUCACUCAUGAGCAGGGCUCUGCCAUGGCCAAACAGUUGGGCGCUGAGGCUUAUCUGGAGUGUUCAGCCUUCACCUCUGAGAAGAGCAUCCACAGCGUGUUCCGCACAGCUGCGCUGGCUUGCAUCAACAAGCUACAGCCGCUCGCCAAACCCAGCCCGACCCGCCGGCUGUCCAAACGCCUGCUCCACCUGCCCAGCAAGUCCGAGCUCCUCUCCUCUACCUUCAAAAAGGAGAAGGCCAAGAGUUGCUCUGUAAUGUGAGUGGAGAUCUUCACCCCCCAUAACAAAAGCUACACCAUUCCCUGCGCUUUGGUCUGGGGAAGGGGGGUGAGUUCCGAUUGACACAUCAUUGACGUGUGGAAUCCUUCCUCACCCCCCAAAGAAACACCUUUCAGAACAAGUGGACACCUCGCUGUCCUCCUUGUCCUGAGCUCUUCAACAGUGCAUAUGUAUUUUCAGUACUGUAUCUCGCUUUUAAAUGAGAUUCGAUCAUCAGCCUCAUCUGUUCACUCCUUGUUAUCAAGAGAUUUGCUCUCGUGCCAGUUGAAGCUCGGAAUGAUUCAAUGGAGUAAAACUUCAAAUUAGUUUAAAAAAGGUUCCAGUGUUCAAUGUAAGUUAUUCGAUGUAUAAAUACAGGCUCUCUAGUAUAAGUCUCAAAAUAAAUACCUACAGCAUGCACUAAAAUUGUGAAACGGGACGUUGUGGAGCAGUGCGGAAGGCCCGGGUCAUGUACAGGUGAAGGUGGCCCAUUUGGCAUUGUCACGCAAGUUGAAUUGGCUGCUGAGUAGUGGGAGCCGCCCAUAUCUGAACGCUAAGAUGGAGGAAUAGAGGGAAACGGGCCAAAAAUAUUUGUAAAAAGACCAUUUAUGAUACUACCAAAGUCAAUUUUCCCUUCUUUCCUCUACUAGAACACUGUAUGUUGUAUACACGCUUCUAUUUUUAGAGGCAUUAGCUAUCUGAGAGAUGGGAUGGGUGUGACUGGGGUACAUAUUACAGUGAUUAUCUGUAUCUUAACGUCUCCUGCUGCUUUCUAGUGUAGGCAACCAUGAAUUUGCAAAGGGAUCCCUGUGCUAGUUCUGCGAGGGCUCAAUCGGAUCGAAUUCGGCAUGAUGAAUAAGCUUUCAUUCCUGAAAAUAAUCUCCAGAGAUGCCGUAGCAUUAUGUUGAGGAUUUCUGAAACCAAAAUGUAUGCAAGAAGGUUUUUAAGUCACCUGGUUUGAGAUGUUUAAGAUCAGACCAGCUUGGGUGUAGUUUGUCAUGCAUCUUAUGUAGCAUUCUGUCAUCGAGCGGCAGAAUCUCCCGUUUCAUUGCCUCCAUGCUCAUUUGCAGCACUAGCAGCUGAAAUAUUUGUGGGUAAUAUCGUCCAAUGUGUUUCUAAACUUGAUUAUCAAUGGGAAAAAAAAUGUUUUCUUGUGCAAAGUGCUAAUCUUGAAGUCUGCUUUCCACCACAAAGCAAUAAUUAUGGUUCAAGUGCUUGUAAUGCAAAGUGUGUACAGUGGCAAUAAUUAAAACAAAAAAGGCUAUUAUAAAUUCAUGCUACUGCUUUGUGGACAUACAUAUAUUUAUGUGGAUAUACAUCAGCACUGCUGUAAAAACAAGCCAAUAUAUUGUGACUCUGUUCAGACUUUGUUAAAGUAAUUAGAUGAGCAUAUGACCAUUGGAGUGCAACACGUUUUUUUUCUUCUUCUCCUUUUCAACCAAAUAGGAAUAUUGUUGUUCUGUUCAUGAGCAUAAAGGGAGGUUAAUGCAUGAGUAGCAGAUGGACUGGAAGGAAAUUCAGACUGGACCUUUUAAAUAUAUGGAUCAGCUGACCUGAUAAGAGCUUUGAUGUUUGUGAAUCUGCGAGGUCAAACUGGAAACGGAAGCCGACUUUUGGAAUAAAACUGAACAGGCUGGUCCUGUUUAAUGAAAGAUAUUUUUCCAUUUUUUAACUGUUGUUCAAAUAAUUGUUUUUGCUUUAUCUGUGUAUACUUGAAGUCAAUAUUUUUCUCAUUUUGUUCAAUCAUCAGUGGUGGAAGGGAAGAUGCGAGCAGCUGCCGUGGCUGUUUACAAGUUCUGCCACUGUGAUCACACACCAAAUUCCUUUUUGCAUUGUCUAGUGACUGCGUAAAUAAAGAAACUGAAGAUGAAUUUUGGGUGCUAGGGAGUAUAAACAGCGUGUAUACAUGUCACAUGGCUGGUCAGACAUUGUAGCUGCUGAUUUACUUGUUUAAGUUCUGGGUAAUGUGAGCGUCCAGAUGGAGAUGGACAUUCAGUCAUUAUGCUGCCAUUGCACAAUAUUGGGAACAAAUACACUUCAAGCAUGUCCUCUAGUUCUUCAGUUGUACAUAUCCUGUUUUGUAAUCUUUGUAAGACAUUUAAAAGAAUGUCACAAGAUUAAAUAUUUGUUCUUGUUGUGGAUUGACAAAGAUGUGCUUGAUGUAAAAUUGCUUAGUCCUAUUUAUUUGGAUUAAUUUAUUGAGGUAACUAUUUUGUUUUGUGUUUCUCACAGUUUUAUUUCAAAAUGUUAUUUUUAAAAUGACUUCUCCCUUUGUCUUUCCAGUAAUAAAGCUUGCCUUUGUAUGG